CACUCCUGUGAAUGUCAGCAGCAGAUAUAUGGCAUCCUGUUGGCUUAAUGCAUGCUCUCUCCUCUCUUCCAAACACAAGUCAAUUCACACAGAGCGCGGUGAGCAAAACUUCCUUGUUUUUCAAAGUCCGGUCAACAGAGAAUGGCGGACAGCGAUUUGUAUCUGGUUUACCAUGGUCUUCCGCUGCCUAAGGUAGCUCAUUCAGAGGAAAGUCUCAAAUACUUCCAAAAUUUCCAAGUCAAAGAUGACGAUGUCUUUGCUGUUACCUUUCCAAAAUCCGGUACUACAUGGAUGCAAGAAAUUCUUCCUCCGCUCCUGAAUGGAGGAGACCUGACGUCCGUGGAAACCAUUCCUAACUGGGACAGGGCUCCAUGGCUGGAGGAAACACGAGCUUCAGUGGUCCUCGAUAAACUCCCUUCACCGCGAGCCAUUGUCUCCCACAUGCAGUAUAAUUUGAUGCCUUCCUCCUUUUUCAAGUCAAAGGCCAAGGUAAUCUAUGUCGCUCGGAAUCCUAAAGAUGUUUUAGUCUCAUUGUACCACUUUCAUAAAAUGGCAAAGUUCCUUGAAGACCCUGGAACAUUUGAAGAAUUCUCUGACAAAUUCCUGUCAGGAAAAGUUAUGUUCGGAAAGUGGACUGACCAUGUGAAAAGUUGGCGAAACCCUGAGCUCGGUGACAGAAUUCUAUAUAUCACCUAUGAAGAAAUGCUUCAGGAUCUUCGUGAGGUCCUGGGUCGGAUUUUAAAAUUCCUUGGUCGGGAGCUGAGCGCAGAGGCUCUGGAUCGUGUGGUCAGUCAUGGCACUUUCAAAAAUAUGAAAACAAACAAAAUGUCAAACUACUCUCUGGUGCCAGAAGAUAUUAUGGACAGCAAGAAGUCACCCUUCCUCAGAAAAGGUAUCGCUGGAGACUGGAAGAAUCACUUCAGCCCUGAGCUUGAUGCCAAGUUCACGGCUAUAAUUCAAGAGGACAUGAAAGGAUGUAACAUCAGAUUCCCGUGGGAUGAGGAAUGAGUGAUUCUCUUGUCAUGACAUCUUGGUGCACAUCAAAAUAAACAGUCAUAGAUGGAACAUGUGAUUGUUUAAUUCACUUUGUGUUGAUUCAAGUUUAUUGCAGCGACGUCCUCUGCUGUUCUGAGCUAUGUUGGAAUUUCUCAAGAUGAUAAGACAUUAAAGUGCAAGACAGUUAGAUCAGUUUCAGGGUUUUGCAACAAAACAGAGGAUGCAACAUCCAACAUCAGUUUUGUGGCACUGUGGGAAGUUGCAAGCUCAGACACUGUAAUAUUUAAUUAAUUCUUUUGUGAUCACAAAAUGAUGAGGUGUGUGUUUUUGAAAAGGACUGCUUUGUACAGUGAAAUAUGAUUUGAAAAUAUCAUGUUUAUUCCACAUUGAAAUAAACGUAAUUUAUCUUA